AUGAAGCUCUUCAACCUUCUUGUCUCUUUUCUCUGCAUGGUCACUUCCGCUUCUUGCGGCGCCGCAGACACAGACAAAUUUGAGAGAUAUCGUUCACUCUCUCGCUCCGCCCCAAUCGAACUGACCGACUCGUCGUACGAAGACAUAACAUCUAAGCCUCGCGACUAUCAUGUUGCAGUGCUUUUGACAGCCGCAGAUGCUCGCUAUGGGUGUAUCCUUUGUCGCGAGUUUCAACCUGAAUGGGAGCUCAUAGCACGAAGCUGGAACAAAGGUUCCAAGCCCGAUGGACUUCAAAUGCUCUUUGGGACCCUUGACUUUUCCGAUGGAAAAGGCACCUUUCAGAAGUUGAUGCUCCAAACUGCGCCUGUCCUCCUGGUCUUUCCUCCUACCGUUGGCCCCUUCGCCAAGAUUGAUGACGCACCCCUGCGAUUCGACUUCAGCGGCCCGAUUUCUGCUGAACAGCUAUAUACAUGGAUGAACCGUCAGCUUCCAGAGGGCCCGAAGCCGCCACUUGUUCGUCCGAUCAACUACAUGCGACUUGUCUCCGGCAUAACCAUUUUGAUGGGUGCUGUGACGCUUUUCACGGUUUUGUCACCCUAUGUUCUUCCCAUUGUUCGCAACCGGAACUUGUGGGCUGCUUUCAGCCUGAUUGCCAUCCUCCUAUUCACAAGUGGCCACAUGUUCAAUCAUAUUCGCAAAGUGCCAUAUGUUGCCGGAGACGGUAGAGGGGGUAUUAGUUACUUCGCUGGUGGAUUUUCAAACCAGUUCGGCAUGGAAACGCAGAUUGUUGCUGCCAUUUAUGCCGUCCUGUCUUUUGCAACAAUUGCCCUGGCAAUGAAGGUGCCCCGUAUCGCAGACAACAAGGCACAGCAGGUAGCUGUGAUCAUCUGGGGUUCCGUACUUCUUGGUAUGUACAGCUUCCUUCUGAGUGUGUUCAAGACGAAGAAUGGAGGAUACCCGUUUUUCCUUCCGCCAUUCUAA